GUCUAAACUCUAAGUCCACUUACGUGGCCUUCUAUGGUUAGUUUCUUGAAGUGACAUGUUUUUCUACGAAAAACUUUUGAUUGCAGUGCUUAAUCCCCUCGCAUUUGGGGUUUUUGUUUUGUUCACUGCAGUCCUUUCCCUUCCCUUUACAAAAAUAUAAACACCCUGCUGAAGGACUAUAAGCACCUUAAAAGACUUAUGCUUAAUCUUUUCAACAAAUAGGUUAGAACCAGAAAAAGUUUCAAGCUCUAUGAGGUGGAAAGUUUCAAUCUUUUGGUUGGUUUCUUGGAUUUGUUGAGCAUUGUAAAGCUGGUGAGAUAAUGGGUCUAAUAAGGUCAAACAAUGAACUCUGUAGCUUUAUUUGGUAUGAGGGUAGUUCAUAAAUUCUUGUGCUUUCCUUCCGUUUCGAGGAGGUUAUGUGAUUAUAGUUUUGAUGGUGGUGAUAAUAAUGAUAAUGGGUUUCAAUAUGUUGAAGAACCCUUGAAGAGAAUGUAUAAAAGUUCAGAUUUUGAUUCUUUUCAGAGUGAAAGUUGUGUUGAGGAGGAACAUUUCUCAGUUAGGCGUAGUUAUGUUGAGUGCACAAGGAUUGAUGCUGACAGAGUUCUUGAUAUUCUAAGACGAGAUGGCCCUGGAUUUGAUGCGAAAAGGGCUUUAAGUGAGUUAGAGAUAAAGGUUUCGUGGCUUCUUGUGAGGGAAGUUUUUACUGGAAUUUUGAGGAACAUAAAUGAGGAGAACAAAACCAGGUGUGCGAAAUUGGGUUUUAAGUUUUUCAUGUGGUCUGAUCAGCAGGGAAAUUACAAGCACACGGGGAAUUCAUACCAUUUGUUAAUGAAGAUAUUUGCGGAGUGUGAGGAGUUUAGGGCGAUGUGGAAACUAGCUGAUGAGAUGGUUGAGAAGGGGUUUCACACUACAGCACAGACAUUUAAUAUAUUAAUUUGUACUUGCGGUGAGGCUGGUUUGGCUAUGAAUGUUGUGGAAAGGUUCAUUAGGUCAAAAACAUUCAAUUUUAGGCCUUACAAGAACUCCUACAAUGCGAUUCUGCAUUCACUACUGGUUCUGCAUCAGUACAAGUUGAUUGAGUGGGUAUAUCAGCAUAUGUUGGAGGAGCGUCAUUCCCCGGAUGUUCUUACUUAUAAUGUUAUUUUGUAUGCAAAAUGUAGGUUGGGGAAGGCACCUGAGUUUCAUAGAUUACUUGAUGAAAUGCUUAGUUGUGGAAUUUUUCCAGAUUUUCACACCUAUAACAUCCUUCUACAUGUUUAUGGAAAGACAAACAAUCCAGUUGCUGCACUUGAUCUCUUGAAUGCUAUGAAGGAAGCGAGUAUUGAUCCUACUGUUCUUCAUUACACUACGUUGAUAGAUGGACUGGGUCGGGCUGGAAAUUUACUUGGCUGCCAGUAUUUUUUUGAUGAAAUGAUAAAGGCUGGAUGCAUACCAGAUGUUGUCUGUUACACAGUAAUGAUCACAGGAUAUAUAAUGAAUGGUGAGCUUGAAAAGGCACAAGAAAUGUUUGAAGACAUGAUAGUCAACGGCCAAUUACCAAAUGUAUUUACGUAUAAUUCUAUGAUUCGUGGGCUUUGUAUGGCUGGGAAGUUUGAGGAAGCAUGUUCCAUGCUCAAAGAAAUGGAAUCCAGAGGCUGCAAUCCUAAUUUUCAUGUGUACAGAACCUUGGUAAGAAAUUUGCGGAAUGCUGGAAAGCUUUCGGAAGCUCAUGAAGUGAUAAAGCAGAUGAUAGAGAAAAGCCAAUACAGCCAUCUAGUGACCAAGAUCAAAAGAUAUAAGAGAUGAUGCAAUGGUACAUGUUGUACCUUAUUUAAUUUUCAAUUGUAACUUCAUGGGAAGAUUCUCAAUGAUUCAGCUCAAUUGAUGCCUUGUACCUGAUUCCAGUAUUAUUUUUCAUGGAAAUUAGUAGGGUAAAGUAUGCAUAUCUUUUC